ACCCAUUACCACACUCAUGUCAAGCAGGCUGGCACCAGCCCAGACUGGUCUAGCUUGAGUCAAAAAUCCUUCAAACAAGCUCAGCCUGCGAGGGAACCAUAUUUUUAUUCUUCUGUGUCAUCCCCACAGUGGUUGACUUGCGGUCAGGCUGCCUGUUCUUAAGCCUACGUUGGCCUUGCCUGGACUACGCAGUCUGAAGAAGAGAUCAACCCAGUGGUAGUCCAAGAUUCACCAUUAACCAGCCAUCUCUGAGCUCUGGUGAAGUAGAUCACAGACUAGCGCAUUCUGCCUGGGGACAGCUUAAGAUCUCAAGGUCCCGCUGCUGGAAGAGAGCACCAUUCCAGCCUGGCAAGAGCUCAAGGUCCUUUCCACUAUUCGCUGUGCACCAUCCCAGUCUCGAGAGAGUUCAAGGUCCUUUCCGAUACUGGCGUACUAAUACUCCCCAAAGCCUUCAGUCACUCAGCCUGUGCACAAACCAACCUCCUAAGUGACUCUUCUGCCAUCCAAGUCUCUGGCUCAGCUGAGGUCAAUAUACCUGAUCACCAGCAGCAAUUGCCACCAUGAUUGGUGAGAUCUGUGCUGCAGCAACCUUCAUCUGCAAGUUCCUCUGCACCAAGGGCCUCAGGAAUGAGGAGCUGCUGCAGACCUUCAGCCAGAGCCUGCAGGAGCUGCUGGUAGAACACUACAAACACCACUGGUUCCCAGAGCAACCCUGCAAGGGAUCGGGUUACAGGUGUAUUCGCAUCAACCAUAAGAUGGAUCCUCUUGUCAGUCAGGCUGCGCAGCAGAUUGGACUGAGCAGUAGAGAGUUGUUCAGGCUUCUCCCAAGUGAACUCACACUGUGGGUUGACCCCUAUGAAGUGUCCUACAGGAUUGGAGAGGAUGGCUCCAUCUGUGUGCUGUAUGAAGCCUCACCAGUGGGAGGUAGCUCUCACAACAGCACCAAUGCACAAAUGGUAGAUAGCAGAAGCGGUUGCAAGGAGGAGCGUCUUUUGCGCAGAACAAACUCUGCUAAAAACUACAAUAUGAUGACUGUAUUGGGUUAAGAUGCAGUCUACGGAUGGAUCAUCUUAUAAUGGAUGGAUAAAUUUGAUUUUUGCUUUGGGUGGGCUCCUCUUGGGGAUGGAUUAUUGAAUUUAAACCAUGUCACAGCUGUAAAGAUCUGGCAUGAGAUAGUGUUGAUAUUUUUAAGUG